UCUUGAGCGCCACCACUACCACCAGGAGCGGAGGUGGCGGCGCGGCAGUUGGUGGCUUCUGGGUUGGUUCCGAUGGACUGGCCAUCUUCGUCACGGCCAUGGCCGGAGUGGCCUUGGCCGCUGUCCUCAUCUACUCUCGUAGGUAAAUGACACACCUCUUCAACCAGAACAAAUUCGUAGAUGAGAACCCUAGUAGGUAGAUCCCAGUCUUCUUCUUCUUCUUCUUCUUCUUCUUCUUCUUCUUCUUCUUUAUCUUCUUCUUCUUCUUCUUCUUUAUCUUCUUCUUCUUCUUCUUCUCUGUCUUCUUCUUCUUCUUCUUCUUCUUCUUCUUCUUCUUCAUGGGUUCACAUUCGGUCGUUCCUUUACGUUACCGCCUCGUCCCCGUCUUCCUGUUCCUCACCUUCUUCUUUGUCGUCGCCGCUGCUGCUGCCGUCGUCGAACUCAUCGUCAUCCUCGUCCUUCUCCAGACGGGGUAGCCUUAAAUCUCCAUGGUCACGUAGGAGGAGAAAAUAUGCCCUUUCACGUCAGAAAUGGUGUAGUUUCUUUUCAUCAGAUGGGAAACUCCUUGAUGGUGGAGUCAAGCUUUUAAAAAAAAUUCGCAGUGGGGGAAUUGAACCAGACAUAAGGAUGGAGGUGUGGCCUUUUCUCCUUGGAGUAUAUGAACUGGAUAGUACAAAGGUGGAUAGAGAUGCUACGAGGGCUUUGAGAAGAAAAGAAUAUGAAGACCUGAGAACGCGAUGUAAGCAGCUGUUACAGAAUGAGAAUGAAAAGCAAAAUACAAAUGAACUACUUAGCAAUAGUGGAGGAGAGGGUUCUAGUUCACUAGAGAAUCUGGAACCACUUUGCUCGGAGGAGGUUAGUGUGAGGCAGUCGCUUUCCGCUGAGGAAGGGAGUGGAAAUGACACCAGCCCUACCAUAUCAUGUGCUGAUGAUCAACAUGAGGACACAGAGAGCUCUGGUGAACAUGAGGACACAGAGAACUCACAAAUGAGUUCAUGUAUAACGGAAGAACCUUUUUCAGGCACCCAAUCAUCUCUUAACCUCACUGAUGUGGUGGAGAGUGAAUCAUCAGAUAGUGAAUCCUCAACAGAGGAAAUGGCUGCAUCAUUUCCCACCACAGGAAGAACUGAUGAAACUGGCACAAAAAGUACGCCAACAGAUCCACUUGAUGAAAAAAGUUCAUGCUUGAAUAUCAUUGAGGAUUAUAGUACAUGGCAGAGAAUUAUCCGGCUAGAUGCUAUCCGCGCCAAUGCAGAGUGGGUACCAUACUCACCUUCUCAAGCAGAGGUCUCAGAGGAGAGUGCAACAAAGUUGGCUGAGUCUGUGGGUUUGAAAGAUUAUGAUGAUUUGGAGCCCUGCCGAGUACGCCAUGCUGCUCGAUUGGUUGCUAUACUUGAGGCUUAUGCAAUUCAUGACACAGAGAUUGGUUACUGUCAGGGAAUGAGUGAUCUACUUGCACCAAUAAUUGCUGUCAUGGAUGAAGAUGACGAAGCCUUCUGGUGUUUUGUGGGGUUUAUGAAGAAAGCUAGACACAAUUUCAGACUUGAUGAAAUUGGAAUCCGGAGGCAGCUCAACAUAGUGUCCAAGAUCAUAAAGUCCAAAGAUUCACACUUGUACAAACAUUUAGAGAUGCUCCAGGCUGAAGACUGUUUCUUUGUCUACAGAAUGGUGGUGGUGCUGUUCAGAAGAGAGCUGAAUUUUGAGCAGACAUUGUGCCUGUGGGAGGUCAUGUGGGCGGAUCAAGCUGCUGUGAGAGCUGGGAUCAGCAAAUCUGCUUGGGGAAGAAUAAGACAGCAAGCACCACCUACUGACGAUCUAUUGUUGUAUGCCAUAGCUGCGUGUGUUCUACAGAGAAGGAAGUUGAUAAUUGAGAAGUACAGCAGCAUGGACGAGAUCAUGAGAGAGUGCAAUGAUAUGGCUGGGCAGCUUGAUGUAUGGAAGUUGUUGGAUGAUGCUCACGACUUGGUGGUAACUUUGCAUGAUAAAGUAUAGCUUUGGGAAGAUUUGCUCCUCUUUCUUCUUUCUUGAUCAAUAGCCAGACUCCUUUAGCAACCCCAAUAUUCGCUGGUAGCUUUUCUCUUCCCAUCUUUGGGUUCAAUUGACCAUGGGCAGCUGCCACUAAAAUAUUGCGGCACUAUCUUCAGGUUACUGCUUCAGUGGUAUUCCUUAUGUAAGAGUUGGAGCUUCGCAUGGACAGAGAAGCUAUAGUGAAGAGGGAUGGAAUGAUGUAAUAUCCUUGUACUGUUAGAACCCCCCAUUUGUUGCGGUUUUCUCGAACAAAGGCAUUUCAUUUGAUUGCCCUCGAGAAAGAAGGCAUGCCGUUGUAUACGGUUACUUCCAAUACUCAAUUUUCUGACACUUGUUUUACAA